AGUAAACUUAAGUAUAUUGAUAAGCUUGAGAAGUCUAUCACAAAAGUGUGUUUCAAAGAUUGCUUCAGGAAGCAAUAAAAAUGGUUACUGACUUCAAAUGAGUCAAUAACUGCUAUGAUAAGUUUCUAUGGACCAUGAAUUACACCUAUAAUUCAGUAAAGGAGGAUGGCCUUGCAGUGCACUCAGAUUUUGUAAGAAAGGGGUAUCAUUCCCAAAGAGAUCCUAUGAUGGAUGAUCUCCAUCCUCAAGGAGGAACACCCUUCCCAGUGUUUCCAAAGAUUAAUAUCUUCAAAGAAGAGUAUUAUCGAUUUAAUCAAAACAAAUCGAGAUAACUUUAUUUGAAAUUUUGAAAAUGUGCCAUCAAAAAUAUUCA